AUGACUCCUCCAUCCUGCGAUGAUUCUUCCGACAGUAGCCAAUUUUUUGAAUGGCUUGUCGGGGUCAUCGAUUAUGCCUGUACUGUGCGGCGAGAUCAGCGGCCCACUCAUCCUGGACACAUGGCCCAGGCUGGUCUUACAAUGGGGGCCCGGCAUAUUCCAGCGACCGCACGGGUUGUUGGCUGGGGAACUAGCUUCUACAGGAAGCUAUCAGAUGAAUCAAAGACCCAGCACGAGCAAGACACCAUCUCUGCUUCAGGCAUUCUGUGGUCCAUGAUCUUGGCAAUGAUGCCCACCGAAGUCACUAGGCCUGUAAUUCGUGUACUGAAUGAUUUCAAUAUUCCUCAUUUGGCUGGCCGAUACGUUAGGCCUGGAAAAGGAUUCUGUCUAGAACUUGGGGGCCGACGCAUUGUCUUUCCCAAUGUAAGCCGCUCUCCUCCGGAAGUCUACCUCACACGCGGCUAUUCAGCGUAA